GGAAACGGCCAAGCAGAGGCGCAGAGUGGCCGGGAAGAGACUGCUCGCAAAGUCCGGAAGCCCUCCCGGAUCCACCCUGCGGCGGCCGCGCGACCCCGGACCUGCGCAGUAGCGUCGGCGGCGGCGGCGGCGGCGGCAAGAUCUGCUGCGGCAAGGUCCGCGGCGUCCCCCAGCCGGAAGGUCCGGCAGCCUCAGGCCGCCCGACGCCUCCCGCGUCAUGUCGGCCCAGGGCGACUGCGAGUUCCUGGUGCAGCGAGCCCGCGAGCUGGUGCAGCAGGACCUGUGGGCCGCCAAGGCUUGGCUGAUCACGGCCCGCAGCCUCUACCCCGCCGACUUCAACAUCCAGUAUGAGAUGUACACCAUCGAGCGGAACGCGGAGCGGACGGCCACCGCCGGGAGGCUGCUCUACGACAUGUUUGUGAAUUUCCCAGAUCAGCCCGUGGUGUGGAGAGAAAUCAGCAUUAUUACAUCAGCAUUAAGAAACGAUUCACAGGAUAAACAAACCCAAUUUUUAAGAAGUUUAUUUGAAACUCUUCCUGGUCGGGUUCAGUGUGAAAUGUUACUAAAGGUUACGGAACAAUGCUUCAACACUUUGGAACGAUCAGAAAUGUUGCUUCUACUUUUGAGACGAUUCCCUGAAACGGUGGUACAGCAUGGGGUUGGCCUUGGGGAGGCACUAUUGGAGGCUGAAACUAUUGAAGAGCAAGAAUCUCCUGUUAACUGCUUUAGAAAAUUAUUUGUGUGUGAUGUCCUUCCUCUAAUAAUUAACAACCAUGAUGUUCGGUUGCCUGCCAAUUUGUUGUAUAAGUACUUGAACAAAGCAGCUGAAUUUUAUAUCAAUUAUGUCACUAGGUCUACUCAAAUAGAGAGUCAGCAUCAAGGUGCCCAAGAAACGUCUGAUUUAAUGUCACCGAGCAAACGUAGCUCUCAGAAGUACAUAAUAGAGGGGCUGACUGAAAAAUCAUCCCAGAUCGUGGACCCUUGGGAGAGGUUGUUUAAGAUUUUGAAUGUUGUUGGAAUGAGAUGUGACUGGCAGAUGGAUAAAGGAAGACGAAGCUAUGGUGAUAUUUUGCAUAGAAUGAAGGAUCUCUGCAGAUACAUGAACAACUUUGAUAAUGAAGCUCAUGCAAAAUAUAAAAACCAAGUGGUUUAUUCCACUAUGUUGGUCUUCUUUAAGAAUGCAUUUCAGUAUGUCAACAGCAUACAGCCGUCUCUAUUCCAAGGUCCUAAUGCCCCUAGCCAAGUUCCACUGGUUCUUCUGGAGGACAUAUCAAAUGUAUACGGUGAUGUAGAAAUUGAUCGCAAUAAACACAUACAUAAAAAGAGGAAACUAGCUGAGGGAAGAGAUAAAACCAUG